UGUUGUUGUUUGUGGCGGUAAGAUGGCGGCGCUCGGAGACACCUCAGCUCCGGGGGUGAACGGGUUAAUACAACAAUUCACAGCAAUAACAGGAGCCACAGAGAGUGUAGGGAAACAUAUGUUGGAAGCAUGCAACAACAACCUGGAGAUGGCAGUGACCAUGUUUCUGGAUGGAGGCGGGAUAGCAGAGGAGCCCAGCACCAGCUCCAGUUCAGCAGCUUCAAGCAGCAGAGCUCCGCCUUCAGAUGAAGUACGAGCACCAAUUCCACAGAAGCAAGACAUAUUAGUGGAACCAGAACCACUGUUUGGAGUGCCAAAGCGAAGAAGACCUGCUCGAUCAAUAUUUGAUGGUUUCCGAGACUUCCAAACAGAAACAAUCCGCCAGGAACAGGAGCUGCGUAACGGUGGCACGGUGGAUAAGAAACUGAGCACCCUGGCAGACCUCUUCCGUCCUCCCAUUGAGCUCAUGCACAAAGGCAGCUUUGAGACGGCAAAAGACUGUGGGCAGCUGGAAAACAAGUGGCUAAUGAUCAACAUCCAAAAUGUACAGGACUUCGCCUGCCAGUGCCUGAACAGAGAUGUUUGGAGUAACGAUGCAGUGAAGACCAUCAUCAGAGAACACUUCAUAUUCUGGCAGGUAUAUCAUGAUAGUGAAGAGGGACAAAGAUACAUCCAGUUUUAUAAGCUGAACAAGUUUCCCUACAUUUCCAUCCUCGAUCCCCGCACAGGUCAAAAAAUGGUUGAGUGGAACCAGCUGGAUGUGGCAUCGUUCCUGGAGCAGGCGACCGGCUUCCUGGCAGAGCAUGGGCAGCUUGACGGACCAUCCUGCCACGCGCCCCCUGCCAAACGAGCUCGCUCUGAGAGUCUGAUUGAUGCCAGUGAAGACAGUCAGCUGGAGGCAGCCAUCCGAGCCUCCCUACAGGAGACCCAUUAUGAGUCCUCAAAUGUCCCCGAAGCCCCCGAUUCCCCCCGAUCAGACGACGAAUCAGAUGCAGAGCCUUUCUCUGACAGCGAGGGUCCCAUCUCUGUUGAUGGCUCAGACAGUGAAACGCCGGCACCCCACGAAGAAAAAAGUUCUAACAGCAAACACACCCCGGUCCCUUCGGCCAUUGUGGCACAACAGCGUCUACAUCCCGAUAGUUCAACUUCUUCCCAUAGAAAGUCUCCGUACAAAGAAAACAACCACAGUCACAAGAAAGAGGAGAGCAAAAAGAACCACCUGGAGCCCUCGGCUGCUGGUCCUCGUCAUCCUCAGCCUGACCCAGAUUCUGGAGGGAACCACUGUUCCUCAGCAGCAGAAAGCGCUGGACCAUCAAAGGCCAGCAGCACCAACACCUGUGAGGUGGACUGUCCUGAUGACAACGGUCCCAAAGCCAGGUUGAUGCUCCGUUACCCAGAUGGACAGAGAGAGCAAAUUUCCUUGUCUUCUAAAGCAAAACUUUUGGCCCUGGUAAGACACGUCCAGUCCAAGGGUUACCCUAACGAACGCUUCGAACUCGUCACUAACUUUCCCAGAAGGAAGCUCGCCCACUUGGACUAUGACAUCACGCUGCAGGAGGCAGGGCUUUGUCCACAGGAGACUGUAUUUGUGCAGGAGAGGAACUAGCCUUUUCCCAGACACACUCACUUUUUGCUUUUCUGUAUCUCUCUGAUAGACAUCACCCUUUCACCAAUGAUCUGGGACGAUGUUACUGGCCUUGAUCCCAUAACCUUCUGUUCUCCUGGAAUUAGGCCCCGUGUUUUUUUGCCAAGACAACUCAUAGUGGAUGGACUACUUUCCCCGCCACUCUACUAGUCUGAAAACUGACGUCUCUACUGACAGCCUAAUCCCUUUGUUUGCUCUACCAUUGGCCAGUAAGGUGUUGCAGAUGCCAGCAAUUUUUUAAUGUGAUAUAUUCUGUUCUGAUGCAGGCUUCAGUUCAUUCUGAUCGCUGAGCUACAUCAGGAAAGAAUAUAUAUGCUAUAGCUCAUAUUCAAAUAAUAAAAAAAUAAAAUAAAAAAAAAACCCAAAUAAUGGACUGCAAAUUGACAAUAAGGCACCAGGGACUUGUACAAAAAGACUUUUAUCUCCCAGAAAGGACGUUAAAUAUCAGAGUUUAUUUUCUAGCUCUUCUUGUUAUUUUCUGUACCUGGGGACAGGUAAAGGGAGGCUCAUUCUUGUUUAUUUUGACCCAGAUUUGGUCUCUCAUUCGGUGAUUGUUUGAACAAUUGUAACUAUUUGGAAAGCAGGGGCACUAAGAGAAAAAAUCUGCAAAUUACAAUUCAAGAAAAUGUGUCAUAUCAGUGACACACUUGUGUAGAUCUGAGAGGAUUUGGGUUGAUCUACACAUUUUUAUUCAAGUUUCUAUUAGAGACUAGGAGAUUGUUUUUGGAUUUCAACUUUUGAUACAGAAGGGAAUGUAUGAAGGGUGGUGCAUCUCAUCAGUCGGACCUACACUGUACAGAGAUGGCUUAGAGAGACUGAUAUUUAGCUGUAGUCAUUGUUUCUUUUCUUUUUUUUAUAUGCUGCCAAGAAAAUAUGCUGAUGUUGAAAUAUAACCACCAAAACCAAGGGGGAUUCUGCUUGGUCUUUUGUUAUUUUAUUUUAUAAAUUAGCUAUUAAAGACAUUAAUGUUGUAGUUAAAAACCCAAACUGAUAUUAAAAUAAAUAUUUGAAAGUCUCAUGUAAUAGGAGCAGCACCCCAGAAUCAACUGCAACAAAUUAUAGUGCAGAAGUUCUUUGUACUGUGGAUGGAAACAAAAGGAACACACCACAUUUAAAGAAAAAGAUCAUUCUGAAUUUUUUCUGAAAAUGUUGUGGCAGUAAGGCUGAUUCGGAUUCUUAAUUUCAUGCUUUUAGGAUAUUCUUACUCAAGCUGUAAAACAUCUUUUCAUUUUCCUGCUAGGGAUGCAUUUUAGAUUGCCUGGUGUACUGGUCAUGUGUUGUACCUCAGAGACUACAUUGUCUUCUAAAUGAAACAGGACAAUGGUUGUAUAAGGAUGAGAGAUUCUAAGGACUUUAAACCAGUCCCUUAACAGGCAGGACAAUGGAGGUGGGAUCUGCACAGACAAAGUCUGAAGCACAUGGUUGUUGUUACAGCUUUUUAAUGAGAGGCAGCAAUUCACCUUUUUUCCUUUGGAGUAAGCAGGUGUCGCCAUUUCACACAGUUCUUUAUGUGGACAGUUGGUGGUGGUAAUGUGUCUUAAAACACAACAGUUCCCCAAUAAACGAGGAGAAGAAGAAGACCAUUUAUCAAUGUAACUAACAGGUUACAAAGCGGGUUUCAAAAUACUCACAUAAGCUUUGCAAAUGUUUACCGAGGUAGGAAAUGCUGUCAGUAUGUUAGACUCUACAGAUUAAGAAGUCACUUCACAAUUAACCUUACAGUUGUUGCAGUUAGUUCUGCUGAGAAGCUGCUUCCUUGUUAAAAGUGCAAGAGAUGUGCACUGCCACUUUGCUAAUAUCAGAAUAAGCUGUGAGGUAAAAUGUCCGCUUGAAUCACAUGCUAUUCAAAUACACGU